AUGAACGGUGUUCCAGCAACUUAUCGGCCGAAUGAUAUGCCGCCACCUCCUCCUCCCCCACCACCGCCGCCCCAACCACCAGCUAGCACACUUGCAACAUCGUCAUCUCUUCCUCCUCCCCCGCCGCCACCACCACCACCACCGCCAAGUACCACAUUUGCAGCAUCGUCAUCUCUUCUUCCACCUCCGCCACCACCGCCACCACCACCUCCGCCACCACCCCCACCACCGUCAUCAUCGUCAUCAGCAGUAUCCGGCAACGCACCGCCGCCACCACCGCCACCGCUACCACCAGCAUCAUCUGCUAGCAGUGUUGGAGGAGGGAGAGCGAGUUUGCUUAGUGAGAUUCAAGCUGGUGUUACUUUGAAGCCAGUGAUGAGGAAUGCCAUUCAUGAUAAUGAUAAUGCAACCGGAGUGCGCGACGAACUUAUGGCACAGAUAAGGCAGGGCGCCCAUUUGAAACCUGUCGAAAAAGAAGAUUCAGAAAAUCGGAAAUCGAUAAGUGCUGCGGAUAUGGGUGGAAUUGCAGGUGCAUUAGCACGAGCACUGGAAGAAAGGAGAAGAAAUAUGCGCACAUCGGAUGGUGGUUCAUCGUUCACUUUUUAUCUAAAGUUUCUAAAUGACUGCGUUGUGGAGCCCACGUGCAUAGCUUGUCACUACGAACAAAUUUGA